UCUAAUUAUUAUUAUUAUUAUUAUUGAUUCCCCUCUACAUAUCAUGUCUAGCGCUCAACUGACAUAAUGAUAUAGAUGUAACACACAGUUUGCUUUGAGGAGAAGCAUGAGGAGGAGGAGGUUGAAGGAGGCAGCCGUGUUGGAUUUGUGUGAAAUUUCAUCUGUCAUUCUUUGUAAUGGACACAAGUGAAGAUUUGAUUUACAAUUAUGUAUGUUGUUUUUUGAGUUGACAUGCAUAUGGUUGGCAAGUGUCAUUGUUUUGCCGGGUAGGGUCAUUAAGAAAGGGGUGGGUACUGUUAGAUGGGAAAGGAAGAGGAGGAGAAAAUCAGAGAGGGUGGAGAAACUGUUGGAUAGGUGAAGCAAGACGAGAGGAGAGAGAGAGAGAGAGAAAGAGUAACGCAACAGAAAAGAACCAAUGCUUCUCAUGACUUCUUGGGAUAUUUGUUAGUAAUAAUCUUCCUGGUCAUGGAAUUCAAAAUGGAGAUGUACUACUGUGGAGAGUGAUUUAAGGCACACAGAUACAGUCAGAGAAUUGGACAACAGCAUUAUAAGGAUAUUUUUGUAGAUAUUUUUCACUCUCUCUGACACACACACUCACAGACAGACUAUUCACAAGAGUACAGCAGGCAGCCCUCUCUCGAGUCCUGAUUUCAGAAUGAUAACGAAUUGUGUCCAAGACUUCUUCACCUACGAGACCACCAAGUCUGUGGUGGUCAAGAGCUGGACUAUUGGCAUCAUCAACCGCGUUGUCCAGCUCCUCAUCAUUACGUACUUCGUUUGUUAUGUAUUUAUGCAUGAAAAGGCUUACCAAACAAGAGACUCGUCCAUUGAGUCAUCUGUCAUGACCAAGGUGAAGGGCUUUGGCAUAUACAACAACCACGUUAUGGAUGUGGCAGACUAUGUCACCCCAACUCAGGGAGCCUCUGUGUUUUGCCUCAUCACCAAGAUUAUUACAACAGAGAACCAGGUGCAGGGCUACUGUCCAGAGUUUAUGUCCCCAAAAGAACGAAAAUAUAUUUGCACCAAAGACGAAGAUUGCCAAACAAUGAAGCCGGCCAGUAACGGUGUGUUGACCGGCAGGUGCGUGCCCUUCACUGCAAAGAACAAAUCCUGUGAAAUCAAAGGCUGGUGCCCUGCCGAGAAUGACGAUGUCAAACCGUCACCCAUGAUGGAGGUGGAAAAUUUCACUAUCUUCAUCAAGAACAGCAUUCGCUUUCCCCUUUUCAACUUCACCAAGGGUAAUUUCUUGCGGAACAUCACCAGUCAAUACAUAAAGAAAUGUAACUUUGACCCAGUCCACCACAGAUACUGUCCAAUAUUCAAAGUGGGUGAUGUGCUUCGAUUCGCCCAUCAAAACUUCUCCAUCUUGGCCGAUAAAGGAGGGGUGAUUGGAAUAAAGAUCGGCUGGGUCUGUGACUUGGACAAAUCCGAGGAUAAGUGUAACCCAACAUACUCCUUCACUCGUCUAGAUGCUGUGUCGCAAGAGAACAACGUGUCUCCAGGAUACAAUUUCAGGUUUGCCAAGUACUACAAGAUGGACAAUGGAACAGAGUACCGCACUUUAUUGAAGGCCUAUGCCAUUCGAUUUGAUGUGCUGGUUAAUGGCAAUGCUGGGAAAUUCGCCAUGGUUCCUACUCUUAUAAACAUGGUAGCAGCCUUCACAUCCGUCGGUGUGGGAACUGUGCUCUGUGACAUCAUUCUCCUGAACUUCCUGAAAGGAGCUGAUCAAUACAAGGCCAAAAAAUUUGAAGAGGUGUCAGAGGAUGAAAUUGCGAGGUCUGCCUCGGUAGAUGGCAUGUAUCGGACCAGAGACCAUAGUCCGUUGUCAAUCAGACUGGAUGAGAAGCAGUCCAAUGACUCUGGGGAUUUUUCCUUGGGGCUGUGUCGUUAACUUCCUCAGUAAAACAGUAAAACAGUAAUUUAGAGUGUGCUAAAUGUUAGUUUGUAUGGCUGUUCACUUGUCCACUGUAGCAAUAAAGAUGUUUAAAAUUAAUACUUUGUAAAUGCUCACAAAAACACAAUCUAACAUUUGUUUUUUGAGAACAUUUAUAGUAACAUUAACAGUAGGCCUACAGUAUGUACCUAUUAUAAGAUUAUAAAGAAUGUUCAUUGUCCUAAAGAUCUUCUGUAUAGUGGCAUUCAACAAAAUAGCAUGCGCUCUACAUUCUCACUGGUUAGUUAGCGAUGCCGAUUAGAAGUUAUUGCAUUCAUUAUUACCACUCAAUACAAUGCCAUCUGAUACUAUAGUACCAGAGUUAAUGAGGUAGCUUUGAUCUGAGAAAGUUUAAAGGUAAAGUCAGUGACAGACAUUGGCAGACAUUAAUAUUUUGGAAUUGCCAAAUGUAUGCAUCUCUUUGCAUCCUCUCUCAGGUCCUUCCCCCCCAAACUUAUGUAAAUGCGCUGCUCUGGCCAGCUGUCAUGACUGGCUGGUUGGAUGCUUCCUUGUUCCGUUUUUGUAUAGUAUUUUACCACAUUAUUAGUUUUUUCCCAGCUCAUGGAUUUUGGAGUGGUUAUACAGACUGAGCUUUCUUUCCACAGAGCUUAUACUAUGCUGAUAGCUAUCAGAGGGUGAGAACUUCAAAAUUGCAGAACUGUUGAAUUAAAAUCACUGACCCUACCUUUAAUAAAAACAAGUCAUAUUAACUCUACUGAGACCCUGCGUCCCAAUAUGGGGACAUUACAUUUUGGGUUUGCUAUACCUUAUACUUUUUUCUGUUUAACUUAGAUAUGAUUUCCUCAUUUGUAGGCACUUUUUGUGCCAUCUAGUGAUAGCAAAAGCACAAUACACUAAUCAGUAUAAAAACAAGAUGGCGUUCAUUACCAAUACCAACCAAUACGUUCUACAGUCCAAGAUAAAAAUGGAAAAAGUACCAAACAUAAAAUGUUAUGGUUGAAACUUGUUUAUUAAUGCUUAAUUAUGUUUGUAGUUUAAUAUGGCAUACAAAUUUGACAAGUUUUAGCACUAGUAACAACACUGACUGUUCAUAAGGAAGUACUCAUUUGAAGACAUCAGAACUUUAUAAUCAUAUUCUAGCAUGCAAGGGGGUUGUGCGCUUCUGCAAACACACACUCACUCACACACAAACACACACAGACUUAUAAACACUUAUAUACACACAUUCGCACACACAGACACACAUUGUUUGCAAUUUUGUUUUUGCCCAGACAUGUUCAGGCAUUGAAAUAAAGUUUUAUAUUUUAUUA